CCAUCAACGCGGCAGCGGGUUUCAAGUUCAACUUUCCUUUAGCUGCCAGUUCAGCACUCAUCCUUGUCCAUCUACUGAACUGUAUUUACUUCUGCCACUCUUUCUUCGCAACGUUCAUUUCCUGUUUCUUGUGUAAUUCUGAUCCCGACGAAGAUUCGUUCUUGAAUCUGCUGGCAGUCAGACACCUUAACCGGUUAUCCAUCAGUGUUCAAUCACAAUGGCGUUGUCACCAGCUGGAAAGAAGAAAUUGGCUGCGCAAAUUUUCCUAGUACUACUUGAUAUCGCGGUACUUGCAUUCGCAGCGAGGGUAAAUAUCUUCCAGGAGUUCUACUUUAUGGCGGAUAUCUUCCCUUUCGCGUUGUCCAUUACAACAUUGGCGAUCCUCGUAAUUAUGUUCCUCCUCGAAUUGGGAAUCAGUAAUUCUUUCACGGCCAAACCACCCUUUGAGAUCGGCAUGCUCUACGUUCUGAGCCUUUUUUGGUUAGCCUUCAACGCAUUCUCAACGUCUCGAUGGCAUAACGUUCCGCUUCCUUGUGCCACGAUUCCCUCUGAAUACUCUGAACUGCGCUUAUGGUGCAAGGAUCUGCAAGCACUUAAAUCGUUGGUGUGGAUCCUUUUCGUAACCCUGUUCUUCACAGCAUCGUUCAUCCUACGUUAUGUCAUCGUGCAACAUAACAAAGGCAACAGGAUGAUCUGGAGGACACCCAUAUCUCAGUUCAAUCCACGCGUCAUCUCCGAAUUCAUAACCGAAGAUACCUCUUUCGAAUGGGUCACGCCCGGGGAAGUAGACAGCAGGAGGCCAGGCGAUUGGGCCACGUUCGAAAAGAUUUGAAGCGUUCCAAAUGUGAUACCCCACAAGUUUGUAUUUCUCUUUUUUGUUUUGUUUCUUCUUCGGGCAAAUCCUUCUGGGAAGGUGGUUGUUGUAUCAGCUACGAGUUAGUGUACCAUUGGUCUUGCAAGAAAAGUGGAAUGAGAUGCUUUCUAAACAUACGGUUGGUGGGACAAAAAUGAAAAGUGAACAU